UCUAGGUCGUUUGGGAAGCGCCUGGGAGAGUCAAGAAUAAAAUUGCAGGUCAAACAAUGGAUGACUGGAAAAGUCGACUUGUAGUCAAGAGCAUGUUUCCCCAUUUCGCCGUGGUGGGAAAUCGUCAGGAGCCCAGAAAGCUCCAGGAAUCGGCACAGAGAACCACUAAGCGGAGACAGGAAGGAGAAGAUUUCCAGCUUUCAGGCAUGGGUGACGAGGGUUACCCUAAUAAAAUCAAGAGACCAUGCCUUGAGGAUGUCACCCUUUCGAUGGGCCCGGGUGCCCAUCCCAGCACAGCCUGUGCACAGCUGCAAGUUCCUGCGUUACCCGUGAACCCUAGCUCUGCAGCUAUGGCAGCCCCUGGCCAUCCGUUACUACUGGACAAUAGCACCAGGAAUGGCAGCGUCAUGGGCCCACCAUUUGCAGAGCCACCAACAGCAGAAAUGGGAGUGAAAGGCUCCUCUAUUCCUUACUAUGACAAAACCAACAACACACCGGCUGUGGAUCAGGAACUUCAAGAUCUGCUGGAGGAGCUCACAGAAAUUCAAGAAUCUUCUCAGAGUGAGCUCGAUCUUGAGAAAAUCCUGGGGAGCAAGCCGGAAGAACCACUGGUCUUACACCACCACCCACCGGCAACCUUAGGUGCGACUGCCAAGCCCACAGUUCAGAUGCCACACUUGGAGAGCCUCAGUUCCAGCAAGGACUUUGCUUCGAGUUGCAGCCAGGUCACUGGGGUGUCGCUUCAGAUCCCGCCCUCCUCUGCGGGGCUCAGCUAUGCAGUUACACCUGCCAGUAAGCAGAUGGCCUCCCCAAGUUCCUCGACCAUGAAGGCCAAGAAUCAGGCCCAGGCAACACUCUCAGCCGCCCCGCCACCACUUCCAGUGUCUCAGUGGCAUCAUGCCCACCAGCUGAAAGCGCUGGCAGCCAGCAAGCAGGGCUCCAGUAAGAAGCAGCUGGGCCCCACCACCAGUUGGUCUGCCCUGCCUCCUCCUGGCCUCUCCCCGCCUUACCAGCCGGGGCCCGUGGUCUCACCACAGCCGCUGCCACCCUUCAGCCCUCAGGGGCUCAUGGUGUCCUGUAUGCCAUCGAGCAGCCUGCCGGGGAGCACCCUCCAGGGCUCUCCCAACGCCUUACUAUCCAGUCUGGCGCCCAGCAGCAGCACCGUCCUCGGGCCGACCAGGCCCUACGCGCCAGAGAAGUUCCCUAGCUCCACGCUCCAGCAGCCACCACCAUUGAGCGCGCAGACCUCCAUCCUUGGCAACCUGGUGUCCUCUACCGUCGAACACCCUCAGGGGCAUGAGAUGUCUGCUCUGCCCACCAGCAGCACGGGGCCCUUAACUCCCUAUCGUCCAGAGACGCUGUCCAGCCCAGGCCUGCCCCAGCAGUCCUUCACUGCACAGUGCCCCCUGGUCCAGGGUGUCACCACCUCCACUCAUCCGCUCUGCCAGCCGCAGCCACCAGCCAGUGCCGUCUACAAUCCCCAAACCCUGAGCAUGGUCAUGCAGCAGGGCCUGACCAGCCCCAGCCCGGGAGCCUCAGAGCCCUUUCCUUUUGGCCACACCAAGCCCUUGUCACAUUUCGUCUCUGAGCCAGGCCCCCAGAGGAUGCCGUCAGUGCCCACCACAUCUCGGCAGCCUGCCUUGCUCCACUACCUGCAGCAGCCCACGCCACCGCCGGCCUCUUCUGCCACGGCCUCGUCCACGGCCACAGCCACCUUGCAGAUGCAGCAGCAGCCAGAUCUUUCUUCGUUGCUCCUGCAGCAUGUGACACAGCAACCGCAGCGCUUUCAGCGGUCUCUGGCCUCGGAUUCCAUGCCUUCUCUGCCCAGACAGCAAGAGAAGCAGAGAUCAGGUCUUAUGGCAAUGACCCCUGAACAGCGCAGUUCACGUAUCACCCAACGGAUGAGUCAAUUUACAGCCAUCCAAGGUCAAGUCAUCUCCAAGUGUAGCCGGACCAAGGCAAGAUCCCUACCCAGCCAGCGCAUGACACCACCCAGAGCUGGGCUCCCUCGUAGCGGUCUGAGUUCAGGAAUGGCCUCACCCAUCAGGCAGCAGAGCCAGGAGACCAUGCGCAUGUUCUCACCAACCCCCUGCAGGCAGCAGGGGAUUUUCAGCUUCAGCCCCCAGUUUCCCACACCUUCACAAUUGGGCCAGAACCCCCCGGGCAGCCCUGGCUCCAUCAACCAGCACAUGGGGAUGCCCAAUGCUGCUCCUGCAGGAGUGCCCCUGCCUAGAUUCUGUCCCAGCCCCCAGGGCAGCCAGGCUCUGGGUCCUCACCAGCUCAGACAGCCCCAUAUAUCAGGAAUGUCCACCGUGCUCCACAGCACUUCCUGGGUGGUGACAGCAACAUCUCUGCACACCCCAGUCUUGAGGGAGCCACCCCCGAGCCAAGCAGCUCAUGGCAUGCAGCAGCAUUAUGAUACCCGCGCCAUCUUUACCAAGACCCUUGUGACAACCUCCCUGGGAGCCCCAGUGUUUCCCUUGCAGCAGGCAGUUGUGUCCCCUAGUCAGGUGGCCCCAGAAAGCAGACCUAGCCAGAAGGCAGGUGCUGCACCCGCCAAGCGCAGCUUCAGCCGGCUGGGCAAACGGAGUGUCAGAAAGAGCCUGGUGCAGGGCCCCGUGCCCACACCACAUGCCACCAAGUCCCUCAAGCAAGGUAUGGUCAGCCCUGGGCCUGAGAGUCCCAUCCAGGCCAUUGAGCCACCAAGCUCUGUGGCUGCUGCUGCUGCUGACACCUCCAUUGUGGCUGCCGGCCAGUCCCAGGCCAGUCCCUGUGACAGAACAGGGAACCCCUCUGAGUUGUCGUCCCAGUCCACACUGGACGAUCUUAUUUCACUCCCUGAAUGUUCUGUAGUGGAUUUCAUAGAUGCUUUCAUGGAUUCCACCGAGAGCCCAGAUGAAGACUGGAUGGGCAACCUGAGGCUGAUCAGUGGCACUGUAGACCAGGCUGCUGAUGAGGGUGCUGAGGCCCAGAGUCCGGGUGAUGUCCCCAAGAAUGCUGACGAGCUUUAAAUACCCUAGAAACCUCCAUGUGGCCAUCACCCUGGGGAGUGGUGUGAGUCCAUAGCAAAUUUACCACUGGCCCCACACAGCCACAUGCUUAUUGCCUCAUUACAAUUUGAGGGGCAGAAGCCCACACCCAUCCCUGUCUCUACCUGUGACAAAAUGGAAAUCUGGUGAUUUUUUUUCAAGCUACCUGUACAUAUCUGAAAAUUUUGUACACGGUUUUCCUAAACAUUCAUGACAGAAGUGUUUAUACCGCAUUUUGUGAGUUUGUAAUUAAGACAAUGGCUUUCGUUUUAGCAGAGUUGUGUUUAUUAUGUCAUUGUCCGUGUGUAUUCUACAUUGUUCAAAUACGCAGACUGUGUUGUUCACUCCAGCCAUACCUUAUCAAACCAGGUGGCUGAGUUGCUUACGCUUUUGAUGCAGUGGUGGAUGUGACCAAGCGGUGUUGUGCAAACUGACAAAUGCCAAAUAGAAACUCACUUGGCCAUCUAUUUCCAUUUCCACUAAAACUUCUAUUGCCCAGUGUGAUUCUUAAUGUCUUUUGCAAACCUUGCAGUGUCUUCUAGCUCUUUCCUGAUGAGCCUGUUACAGCACAAGCCGUUUUAUCAUUAAGUAGCCUGCAGAGGAAUUAUUUGCCAGGAGGUAGAGAGUUCUGGAGAUUUGAGAGAAGCAAAGAGAGAGUUUGUGAGCUGGGCAUCUCUGAGGGUUCUACCCAUUAUCACUCAGACAGUUUGCACUACUCUAACGGGCACCUUACAGGGUGGAGGCAAGAUGCUUCUGAUUUAAGGCCUUUCAGUAUUUGUUCUGAUGUAAAGCUCUGUGGUCUGGGGGGAAAAUGAGUCUGUAAACAUGAAUAGUUGAUUUGGGUUUUGUCACUGAUGUUUUCUACUUGCAGUUAUCAUCACGUAUGUUUAAGUGUCUGUUACAGGAAACCCACACCCACUGUCCUGUAAACUUUUAUCAGUGUCCAGACUCUGUGUAAUGACGUUUUAAUUGCCACCUGGUAUUUUGCCUCUGCAUUUGAAAUCUGGCAUCUGUUUCAAGCAAGUGUGUUUUUUUCCCUCGUUCUAUAAUAAACAAGAGAAAAGUA